UACAUAUCUGGCCUCUCCAGGAUGAAUUUUAUGUUGGUUCAGCAGAUUGUUUACAGUUUUUUCUUCUUCUUCCUUUUUUUUUUUUCAUCUUCCCUGCUCAGUGCCCAACCCAAGGUCAAAGGCUGAUAGAGAGAAAAUCUCAUGAGGAGGUUUUACUCUAGGGAAGUUGUUCAGUGGAUGGGAUCUUGGCGUACAGAGAAAGAUGACAGGCUCUUUCUGGCUCCUUCUCAGCCUUGUUGCUGUAACUGCUGCUCAAUCCACCACUGAAGAACAGGCCAAGACAUUUUUGGAGAAGUUUAACCAUGAAGCCGAAGACCUGUCUUAUCAAAGUUCACUUGCUUCUUGGAAUUAUAACACCAAUAUUACCGAUGAGAAUGUCCAAAAGAUGAAUGAAGCCAGGGCCAAAUGGUCUGCCUUUUAUGAAGAACAGUCCAGGAUGGCCAAAACUUACUCACUCGAAGAAAUUCAGAAUCUCACACUCAAGCGUCAGUUGAAGGCCCUUCAGCAGAGUGGGACCUCAGUGCUCUCUGCAGAGAAGAGCAAGCGACUGAACACGAUUCUAAAUACAAUGAGCACCAUCUACAGUACUGGAAAAGUUUUGGACCCAAAUACACAAGAGUGCUUAGCACUUGAACCAGGUUUGGAUGACAUAAUGGAAAACAGCAGAGACUACAAUCGGAGGCUCUGGGCUUGGGAAGGCUGGAGGGCUGAGGUUGGCAAGCAACUAAGGCCAUUGUAUGAAGAGUAUGUGGUCCUGGAAAAUGAGAUGGCAAGAGCCAACAAUUAUGAGGACUACGGGGACUAUUGGAGAGGGGAUUAUGAGGUGACUGAGGCAGGGGACUAUGACUACAGCCGUGACCAGUUGAUGAAAGAUGUUGAAAAUACCUUUGCAGAGAUUAAACCAUUAUAUGAACAACUUCACGCUUAUGUGAGGGCAAAGUUGAUGGAUACCUACCCUUCCUAUAUCAGCCCUACUGGAUGCCUCCCUGCCCAUUUGCUUGGUGAUAUGUGGGGGAGAUUUUGGACAAAUCUGUACUCUUUGACAGUCCCCUUUAAACACAAACCAAGCAUAGAUGUUACUGAAAAAAUGAAGAACCAGUCCUGGGAUGCAGAAAGGAUAUUCAAGGAGGCCGAGAAGUUCUUUGUGUCUAUCAGCCUCCCUCACAUGACUCAAGGAUUCUGGGACAACUCCAUGCUGACUGAGCCAGGCGAUGGCCGGAAGGUGGUCUGCCACCCCACAGCGUGGGACUUGGGGAAGGGUGACUUCAGGAUCAAGAUGUGCACGAAGGUCACCAUGGAUGAUUUCCUGACCGCGCAUCACGAGAUGGGCCACAUCCAGUAUGACAUGGCGUAUGCCGCACAGCCCUACCUGCUCAGAGACGGGGCCAACGAAGGCUUCCACGAAGCUGUUGGGGAAAUCAUGUCACUGUCUGCAGCGACACCUCACUAUCUGAAAGCACUUGGUCUUCUGGAACCUGAUUUUUAUGAAGACAAUGAAACAGAAAUAAACUUCCUGCUCAAACAAGCACUUACAAUUGUUGGAACUCUACCAUUUACUUACAUGUUAGAAAAGUGGAGGUGGAUGGUCUUUAAGGGUGAAAUUCCCAAAGAGCAGUGGAUGGAAAAGUGGUGGGAGAUGAAGCGAGAGAUAGUUGGAGUGGUGGAGCCUCUGCCUCAUGAUGAGACAUACUGUGAUCCUGCGUGUCUGUUCCAUGUGGCUGAAGAUUACUCGUUCAUCCGGUAUUACACGAGGACCAUUUAUCAAUUCCAGUUUCAUGAAGCCCUUUGUAAAACAGCUAACCAUGAAGGUGCCCUGUUCAAAUGUGAUAUCUCAAAUUCCACUGAAGCUGGGCAGAGGCUGCUCCAAAUGCUGAGCCUUGGAAAAUCGGAACCCUGGACCUUAGCAUUGGAAAGUAUUGUGGGGAUAAAGACUAUGGAUGUAAAACCCCUGCUCAACUACUUUGAGCCCUUGUUUACCUGGCUGAAAGAGCAGAAUAGGAAUUCAUUCGUGGGUUGGAGCACGGAAUGGACUCCAUAUUCUGACCAAAGCAUCAAAGUGAGGAUAAGCCUUAAAUCAGCUCUUGGAAAAAAUGCUGACGCAAAUUGUCCCUUUGUCUGGUGUGUCCCGCCUGUUAGUCACUUAGUGGCCAUAGUUAUCAGAUCUGCUGUCACGGUUUCACAGUGCUGUGUUCAAGCGACACUUGUUUUACUUAAUCCUGGCCCCAAAGUGCCAGAGGAGUGA